AUGUUGAAAAAGGUAGCACUCCUGGCACUGGUCAAUUUGGCCGCUGCUCAAGUCGGCGCUUACGGCCAAUGUGGUGGAGUUGGCUAUUCCGGCUCUACCACAUGCGUGUCAGGCUGGACAUGCCAAUACCAAAAUGACUGGUAUAGUCAGUGCUUGACUUCCUCUGCCGUUGGCACCACAUUGACAACAAAAUCUUCGACCUCGACAACUAGCGUCAAAACCACCACUUCAACAACAACGGCAAAGGUAACGACCACCACCACGACCGCCAGUGCCAGUGGAACGGGCUUCCCUACUACGAAUGGACUCAAGUUUGAGAUUGACGGAAAGACGAGCUAUUUCGCCGGCUCCAACUCAUACUGGAUCGGAUUCCUUACGAACAAUGCCGAUGUGGAUCUGGUGUUUGAUCAUUUGGAAGAAUCUGGACUCCGGAUUCUCCGAGUUUGGGGAUUUAAUGAUGUCAACGCGGUUCCAUCCUCCGGAACUGUCUAUUAUCAUCUGCUCAAGGAUGGAACAGCUACCAUCAAUACUGGAGCGGAUGGUCUACAGCGCUUGGACUAUGUGGUUGCCUCUGCUCAAGCCCGCAACGUCAAGCUCAUUAUCAACUUUGUCAAUAACUGGUCGGAUUAUGGUGGCAUGGCUGCCUAUGUCACGGCGUUCGGUGGCAGCCAAACGAGCUGGUACACAAACACUGCCGCCCAGACGGCUUAUCAAGCUUACGUCAAGGCUGUCGUCUCCCGAUACAAAGAUUCGCCGGCUAUCUUUGCCUGGGAACUGGCCAAUGAGCCACGCUGCAAUGGAUGCGACACUUCGGUUCUUUACAAUUGGAUCAAGACAACAAGUGCUUAUAUCAAGUCCCUGGACUCGAAGCAUAUGGUCGCCAUUGGUGAUGAGGGCUUUGGACUGAGCACCGGCUCGGAUGGCAGCUAUCCAUACACCUAUGGAGAGGGCCUGAAUUUCACAAUGAACCUAAGCAUUGAUACAAUCGAUUUUGCUACGUUCCACCUUUACCCAUCAAGCUGGGGAACUACAAACGAUUGGGGCAACGGGUGGAUCACCUCCCACGGUGCCGCAUGUGCAGCAGCUGGCAAGCCUUGCCUGUUUGAAGAAUACGGUGUAACUUCGGAUCACUGCACCAUUGAAGCCCCAUGGCAGAAGACAGCACUGGGUACAAACGGUAUUGCGGCUGAUCUCUACUGGCAAUAUGGUGAUACACUGAGCUAUGGACAAUCCCCUGAUGAUGGAAACACAUUCUAUUAUGGGACCAGCGAUUUUACCUGUUUAGUCACAGAUCAUGUCGCAGCUAUCAACUCUUAG